CUGGCCAGGCAGACCAAAAACAAGGCACCUGGGAGGACUUGAAUCCCCGACGCCAUUUUCCUGGUGUCUUUCGAUUAACGCACACCGAGCGCACGUGAUCUUUCUCUAAGCAUUAUCAAUCCAACGUGGACAUAAUGGGAAAGCUAAAGGCCCACGAGCUGAGAGGCAAGAGCAAGGAUGAUCUCCUGAAGCAACUGGAUGAGCUUAAGACAGAACUGUCUCAACUCAGGGUGCACAAAGUGACUGGGGGAACAGCUUCAAAGCUCUCCAAAAUCAAGGUGGUCCGCAAGUCAAUUGCUCGUGUGCUCACAGUCAUCACUCAUAACCAACGUGAUAAUUUGAGGAAACUCUAUCGUAAGAAGAAGUACAAGCCAUUGGACCUUCGUCCCAAGAAGACCAGAGCUAUAAGAAAAGCCCUCACCAAGUACGAGGCCAGUCGAAAGACGUUGCGACAGAAGAAGAGGGACAUGUACAAUCCAGUCCGUGUGUAUGCUGUGAAGCAGUAGUGCAUGUAUUAGGUUGUUAUUAUUAUGACUGUUCUUUGUAAAUAUCAAUUUUAUGGUCAAUGGCAAUGAGAAUAAUUAUGAUGA